AUGAAACGCGAUCUUGUUUGGAAAAUGAUUCACCUCAGUCUUAAAGAAAAAUUGAUUAAAACUCGCUUUUUUUCUAAAGAUCGGCCUCUACCUACUGCUGACGCUGGUGGAGGCGACGCUUUCAAGAAGGUCGUGUUCGUCGUCGCUUCUGGAGACGUCGUGUCCUCAGUGUUGCGCCAUGCUGUUCUCUUCGACGAUGUGCCGUCUUGAUGAGGUCAACGACGUCCUCAAGAUCAGGGAGAACGGAAGCGGAGUCCUUGGAGCUAUCGUUCGUUUUUUUUUCUGUUGAACAAAUAAAAUGUUCUUCAUCUAUACAUCUUGUUUUUCAGUGGGACGACGCACCAAAAGCAGUGAUCGUCAGAAACGGAUGCUUGCUCGAAACGUGGGAUUGGAAAAAUCAAACUGGUGGGUUGGGUUCACAUUCAAAUUGCAAGAUAUUUAUCUCCUUAGCCAUUUUUAUGCUAAGUUCCAGUCUUUCAGAAACGAAUAACAUAAUUUGAAAUCGAAAUCCUUCUUGGAGAUUUAUCUAAGCUCUACAUCUGAAAUAGAGCCCCACGCAAAAAGUCUUUUGAGUUAUUUCUUCUAAAAAUCCAUGAUGAUUCGUAUUUGGCAUAACUUAUCGCGGAUUUAGCACUAUUGAAAAAUAAGCAAACAUUGUGCGAGAAGUAUUAAGAUAAAUUGCUAUUGAAAAAGUGAGGGAAAGUUGAAUAUGCAAACUUGAAGGUCCGAAGAGGGCCUUCGGUCUUGACGGCUACAAGGUUUUCAAGCUGGAGCGUCAUGCUUUCGAGUCCAGAAUAUCCAGCGUCCGUUGUACUUGUCGGAAUCCUCCUCCCACGUCAACCAAAACUCCUUCAUGUGCGCUCAACAUCUUCAACCUAAAUUUCCGAAUGUUUUUCAGCAGUUGACGAGACCUUGUGGGUGUUGGAAGAAGAAGAUUCUAUCGCCGAUGAGAACGACGACGCGAAUUCAACUUACAUUGAGAUAUAA